AUGUUCCGCGGCGGCGUCGUGGGCGAGCUUGAUGCGCGCCGCGACGCCGCGUUCGGGCGCGUGCUCGAACGCUUGCAGGCUCGUGCUCGCGGCGUGCUCGCGCGCAGACGCGCACAGAAACUGCGGACCCAGCACACUGCUGCCAGAUGUGUUCAACGCAACGUUCGCGCGUUCCUCGCGGUCCGUGACUGGCCCUGGUGGCGGUUGCUCGUGCGUGUUACACCAUUGCUCGCCGUACACCGUACCGAGCAUCGGCUCAAACAAGCUCAGGAGGAACUAGAAACACUACGGGCGAAACUCGACAAGGUUGAAAACGAACGGACCUAUUACAAGGGCGAAAAUGAGAGACUCGAGACAAAAUUGAAACGCCGAAUGCGAUAUAAAAACGGUAACACUAUAAAUGCCGAUCAUACUACAAAUUGA